AUGCUAAACCCAUGUAUAAAGCUAAUGAAAGAGUGUUUUACAUUUUGCAGUUCAUGCUUUCCCUAUUAUUCUGAAACCCUUAUUACCGUUAAUGCAAGAAAGUACCAAGUCGUCAGACUCCUUGGUGAGAAGAGUCUUUCAUUUACUUAUCUGGUGGAAAGAACCUCCCCAACGUCAGAUGCUUCAAAUGAUGCAACACGUUUGUUCGCAAUGAAGGUGAUUAGCUGUCCAUUUGGAGAUAUUGAUACUAUUUCGAAUGCAUUGCAGGAAAUUGAAUUGUACAAAUAUUUUCAUUCUGCACAUAUUAUAAAUUUAUAUGGCUCUCAGGUAUCACAAGAGCUUGAUGGCUCGAGGACAAUAUUAAUUUUAUUGCCUUAUUAUCCCCUAGGAUCUCUACAGGAUAUGAUUGACAGAAAUUUGCUGGAUGGGUCAACGGUAUCGGAGUCCCAAUGUAUCAAGAUAAUGGUUAGCCUUUGUAAAGGUUUGGAUAUUCUGCAUAAUAGCUCUUCUAGGGCUGUUGGUAAUAUGAAGGCAAGUUUUGAUUCUGUGUCGAUCACAGUUAGUGAUGAUGCAGCAUCAUUGCUCGCUGAUACACCUCUUGAACUUGCUGUUAUGUCACCUACCAACUAUACUGAGGAAUCAUUCGCCCUUUUGAAUAUGUCGCCCACAACUGUGCUAUUUAGAUCGGAUGGGACACCUUUAAUCGGCGAUUUGAGUAUAUGUUCUAAGGUGAAAUUUGAAAUAACUGAAUCAGCAGAUCUGCUUGCCUUCAAAGAGCGCAUCCAAGAAAACUGUUCAUUACCAUAUCUUGCUCCUGAAUUGGUAAGUCUGAAAAAAGGUUCACUAAUUACUAAGGAAGUCGAUAUAUGGUCAUUAGGAGCCAUAUUAUAUUUCUUAAUGUAUGGAGUAUCUCCAUUCGAAAGGGAGGAACAACUAAAUGGUACUCCAAUUAAGUACGCUAUCAAAAAGGGCCAAUACAGCUUUCCACAAGAAAGCGAGUAUUCCUCUUCUCUAAAUGAUAUUAUAAUUUCUUGUUUGCAGGUUGAUCCCAGUAUGAGAUCUUCUCCCAUUCAGUUGAUAAAUGCACUGGAAGAUUUGUGA